CUGCUGAUGAAAAAUAAAUUUCCUAUCUGCUCUAUCCAUAUCUGUGGCCUGCACAACAACUUAACCUCAAAUAAUUUAUGUUUUCUAAUAAAACAAAAUAAAUUAAUGAAGAAAACGAUAUUGUAUCAAUAAUGAGUAGUGUUUUAGAAGAAAAACUACGUGAGGCCUCUUCAAUUGGAGAUACAGAAGCAGUUUCACAGUUGCUAGCGCAAAAUGUAGAUAUAAAUUCCCAAAAUACAAUUAAUGGAUGGACAGCACUACAUUGGGCUUACAAACGUGGAAAUGAUAACAUUAUAAAACUUCUCAUGGACCAUGGUGCGAAUCCUGAAAUUAAAAACUUCAAAGGACAGAUGGCAAAGGAGGUAGUCUACCAUUUAAAUUCAGAUGGACAAGACGAUCAGACAGCACUUGGUAUUAAGUAUAUCCCAAAUUACUUAAGAAACCCACCUCUUAGUAUCGAUUUGGAAUUGGGAAAUAGAGUUAAAAGUAAAUCUUCAGAUUUUGCAAAUAUGCCCAUAACUCCGUUACCUGCAACUCAAAAUGAUGAUUUGGUGCUUAGAGUAAGAAUGCACGGUUCCAAUGAUCCUGACUUUAUUGAAAUUGAAAUACCUAGAUGGAGACUUACCUAUAAUCAUUUAUUAACCACUUGUUGUAAUGAACUGGAAAUUCUUGAAAGUCAAGUGGAGAGGAUAAGAAAACUUCCAAAUACCAGAUUAAGAAAAGAUAGUGAUGUUAAAAGAUUAAGAGACUACCAUUCGUUGGAAAUUGUUUUAAAAGCCCCCUUAAAUAGUGAUAAGUCUGCUAAUUCAUAUCAAAGUAUUUCUACCAAAAAUCAAACUAUUUUAUAUUAGUUUUGAUUUUGAUUCAAUCUAGGAUUUGGAUGAAUAAUUAUUUAUCUCAUUCUAUUAAGAAUUUGGAAGGGGAACAAAAUGUAUAACUACACUGUAUAUAAAAUACAAUAUCUCAACAUAGUUACAUGCAAAUUGUUUGUAUCUCAAGAAUUCUAAAAAUAUAUAUAAUUACAUUUUGCUAAGAACAUUACUUCAAAAUGGA